GAAACUGCUUUCUGAUUAAUAUAACUCGAUAUACUAGUAUAACAAGUAUAAAUCAUUGACAAAAACACCUUGAUAUUUUCGUUAAUUAUCGUAACUCACAUCCAAAAUGGCUUUUAAAUUGUGCCUUUGUCUUCUAUUCUUUGUACCAUUAAUGAGCGCUCAAAGCUCUAGUGUAGCUACUUCAGUUGCCUUCAAUGGUGAAGGUCCACCACAACCACCACAUUUUGGUGCCGAAGGUGAAUUCACUGGACCUGGUGGUUUCAACAGUCAACAGUCAAGGAAGUUUCGGAAGUUCCCUUGGAUUUGGAGGUAAUCAAGGCAGUCGUGGAGGCUUUGGUGCUUCAAGUGGCUUCGCAGGCCAAGGUGGUCAAGGCUUUGGAGGCUUUGGUGGUUUCGGUGGUCAAGGAGGACCCGGUGGACGAGGAGGUCAAGGAAACUCAGGUUUCAGAGGACAAGGUGGUUCUGGUGGCUUCGGUGGCUUCAGAGGUCAAGGUGGCUCUGGAGGUUUUGGAGGUCAAGGUGAAUCCAGUAAUUUCGGCGGUUUCGGUGGCUUUGGAGGCCAGGGAGGACCUGGUGGACGAGGUCAAGGCAGACCUGGAGGAUUUGGAGGCCAAGGUAGCGCUGGUGGCUUCGGAGGUCAAGGAGGACCUGGUGGACGAGGUCAAGGUAGACCAGGAGGAUUUGGAGGCCAAGGCUUCGGAGGUCAAAGCUUCGGAGGACAAGGUUUUGGAGGACAAGAUGGACAAAAUGGACAAAAUGGAAUGAAUGGACAAGCUGGAAUGAGUGGACAAAAUGGAAUGAAUGGACAAGAUGGUGGUUUUGGAGGUCGAGGCCAAGGAGGCCCAGGUGGAAUGGGUGGACGAGGACAAGGUGGUUUCAGAGGCCAAGGAGGUUCAAGAGGCCAAGGAGGAAUGGGUGGCCAAGCUGGUGGUUUUGGUGGCCCUGGUGGACAAGCUAGUUUCAGUGGUCAAAUGUCUGGUCCUGGUUUUGGACUUAGUGCUAGUACUGGUGCCCGAACUACUAGCACUGGAUCAUCUGGUGCCUCAGCCUCUGGUAGAGCUGCAGUUAAGGCCGUUGUCUAAGUUAAGACUCAAAGGGCUUAAAAUGGUUUUCUGUGGUGAAAAAUAUCUGUGAUCUUCAAGUUUCCUUUGAAAAUUAAAAAUCUUUAUAUAAAA